AUGGGGAACCAGCUGGCGGAGAUCGCGCCCGCGCCGCCCUUCCUGCCGCCCUUCCAGGCGCUGCACGUGGUGGUGAUCGGGCUGGACGCGGCCGGCAAGACCUCGCUGCUCUACCGGCUCAAGUUCAAGGAGUUCGUCAAGAGCGCGCCCACCAAGGGCUUCAACACGGAGAAGAUCCGGGUGCCGCUGGGGGGCUCCCGCGCCAUCGCCUUCCAGGUGUGGGACGUGGGCGGGCAGGAGAAGCUGCGGCCGCUCUGGAAGUCCUACACCCGCCGCACGGACGGGCUGGUCUUCGUGGUGGACUCGGCGGAGGCGGAGCGCAUGGAGGAGGCCCGGGUGGAGCUCCACAGGAUCACCCGGACUUCCGAGAACCAGGGCGUCCCCGUGCUGGUCCUGGCCAACAAGCAGGAUCUGCCGGGGGCGCUGUCGGCCUCCGAGGUGGAGAAGCUGCUGGCCCUGCACGAACUGAGCGCCUCCACCCUCAGCUGCACCCAGGGCUGCAGCGCGGUGGACGGGCUGGGCCUGCAGCAGGGGCUGGAGAAACUCUACGAAAUGAUCCUCAAGAGGAAGAAAAUGCUGCGGCACAGCAAGAGGAAGCGAUGA